GGGCCCCGGCCGGGCGCAGCGGGCGACGAUGAUGUGCGCCUGGGGGAGGCUCCCCCUGGCCCUGGGACUGCUGCUGGUGCUGGCGGGCGAGGCGGCGCCGCAGCCGUGCCCGGCGCAGUGCUCCUGCUCAGGAAGCACGGUGGACUGUCACGGGCUGGCGCUGCGCGGCGUCCCGAGGAACAUCCCCCGCAACACCGAGCGGCUGGACCUUAAUGGAAAUAACAUCACCAGAAUCACCAAGACCGACUUUGCUGGUCUAAGGCACCUUCGAGUUCUUCAGCUCAUGGAGAACAAGAUUAGCACUAUUGAGAGAGGAGCAUUUCAGGAUUUAAAAGAACUGGAGAGGCUGCGCCUAAACAGAAAUAACCUCCAGUUGCUUUCUGAGCUGCUUUUUCUGGGGACGCCGAAGUUAUACAGGCUGUAAGUAGGCACGAUUCAGUUAUUCUGGAAAACAUGGUGUUGUUUUGUAUUGCAUUGGGUUUUUGUCUUUUGCCUCAAACUGAGCCAAAAUACCUUUAUUAAGACUGAUCUUUUAAGUACUUUGACUACUUAGCAGGAAUUUUGUUUAGAACUUAGUUUAGAAACUGAUACUUGUUUGAGACUAAAUACUGUUUCAUCCUUUCCUGUUUCUGUUAAGAACUCUCCUUGAAGGAAUGCUCCGUUUUUUUUUUUUUCUCCUGUUUGGUCUGGGGUGGAUGGGUGCAUUUUUGUUUCUUUGCUUGCUUCCUCUGUUAAAAUAGCUGUAUGACUGUGGAGAUCAUGGCCCAGCAAUAUAGCACUGUACAGCACUUUGUCUUUGUUAUGUUCUGGUUUUAUGGCUCUACACACUUUACCAGAAAAAUCAGCAUUGACAAAUGGUAGCCUGUGGAGAUAUCUCCUGUGUCCCUCAGAAAGAAAAGAAAGGUCACAACAUAACCUGAGGAUAGAAAAAGCUAUGAAAUGUUUUACAAUAAAUACAAAUGAUAGCAAAUUGGAUAAGUUUUUUUGUUGUUGUUGUUUGAUUAUUUUCUUUGGUUUGAUAAUCUUUUACUCGUGGCAGAUUUUUUCAAGUAUUUUGAUCCUCUGGCUCUAUUUUAAGAACCCACUCAUUUAUGCUGCAGUAUCAACAUGGAAUUAAGUUCAGACAGUAAUUUCUGCAUUUAUCCAUACAAUCACUUUUUGUAACAAAAUACAUUACAAAGCAACAUUAUGUUAUAAGAUGAGGUAUGAAUGGGAUACGUGACAUACUUACAUAGGCUUUUAAAAGAUGGUAGAAGUUUAGCCCUAUUUUAGUUAAAUAUAUCUACUCGACACUUUCAUUUAGGGUUCAGGUGAGACUUCUGCUGUUGAAAUCAUUGUUUUUGAGUUUCAUCCUUUAUGUGCUUGGAAAAAAUAUGUGUAGGUGGAGGAAGGCAGAGUUCUUCUGAUUUGUUUUCAUUUUAGUUUAUGAAAAUGUUCCUGAGAACAAAUGAUAUAAUGAAGCUUUUAUUUUUUAGGAGUUGAUUUCUGUUCUAAUAUUGCAAAAUAAUGGUUCUUUUUCCCCCUAUUCUGGUAAUUUGAAAUGGUAAACUGAAAAUGAUGCUAUUAUUGGUAUAAACGUUUACUUCUGUGUAUUUUUGUUUCUUUUGUUUGCUUUGGAUGCAUGUUGUUUCUUGAACUUCCCUGUAGAUGCAGUGAGUUGUUAAAUUACUAGACCAGAAAGCUCCUGAAGGCUUUUGUUCUGACAAACAAAAACAU